GUUUCAUCGGCAGCCGCUUUUUUUUUUUUUAUCUGGGAUUUGUACAGGCUGCUGUACAGUUUCUCUCCAGCUGUGCCGCUUGCAUUCUCAGCGACGCGUUCUACACCACGAUAACUCCGUCAUUUUGUCUGGCGUCGCAUUUCCAUCAUGGGUGUCCCGGCCCUGUUCAGAUGGCUAUCUAACAAAUACCCCAAGAUAAUCUCUUCGGUCAUUGAGGAGCAGCCGUACGAGAUCAAUGGAGAGGAAAUUCCGGUCGAUAUGUCUCGUCCGAACCCGAAUGGGGAGGAGAUGGAUAACCUGUACUUGGACAUGAAUGGCAUUGUCCAUCCAUGCACACACCCGGAAGGAAAGCCUCCGCCAGCAAACGAGCAGGAAAUGAUGUUAGAGAUAUUCAAAUAUACCGAACGAGUGGUGAACAUGGUUCGCCCGAGGAAACUACUCCUUAUCGCCAUCGAUGGUGUCGCUCCACGCGCAAAAAUGAAUCAACAACGUGCACGCCGCUUCCGCUCGGCUCAGGAGGCUAGGGAAGCAGAUGAGAAGAAGGAGGAAUUCAGAAAGAUGCUUUUAAAACAGAAUGGUAGCAAGGCAGAUCAGGAACUAGACGAGCACGUCGUUCAGAAGACAUGGGAUAGCAACGUCAUUACGCCAGGAACUCCUUUCAUGGACAUCCUUUCCGCAGCUCUGCGCUAUUGGAUUGCGUAUAAACUCAACACAGAUCCGGCUUGGGAAAAGCUCAAAAUCAUAAUCUCAGAUGCUACGGUCCCCGGGGAGGGGGAGCACAAGAUUAUGGAAUUCAUCAGGUCUCAACGAGCAGCACCCGAGCAUGAUCCUAACACGCGCCAUGUCAUAUAUGGUUUGGAUGCUGAUCUGAUCAUGUUGGGUUUAGCGACUCAUGAACCUCAUUUCCGGGUCCUCCGUGAGGAUGUUUUCUUUCAGGAGUCACGAGCGAGAACAUGCCGCCUGUGUGGCCAGGCAGGCCACAAGGCAGAGGAAUGUAGGGGCCAGGCAAAAGAAAAGAAUGGCGAAUUCGACGAAAAAGGGAAAGGAACUUCUCUAAAGCCAUUUAUCUGGUUGCACGUUUCCGUUCUGAGAGAAUACCUUGCCGCUGAGCUCUACGUUCCACAACAGCCUUUCCGAUUUGACCUAGAGAGAGCCUUAGAUGACUGGGUUUUUAUGUGCUUUUUUGUCGGAAACGACUUCCUUCCUCACUUGCCAUCGCUAGAUAUUCGCGAAAACGGAAUCGACACUCUUAUUGCAAUUUGGCGUGAUAAUAUCCCCAUCAUGGAUGACUAUGUGACCAAGGAUGGGCGCGUUGAUCUCAAGAAAGCACAACUCAUCCUGGAAGGGCUUGCAAAGCAAGAGGAUGCUAUUUUCCGCCGUCGGCGACAGGUGGAAGAAAGGAAACUUGCGAAUGAGAAGAGAAGAAAGCAGGAACAAGAAGCCCGCGAUGAGCGCGCCAGGAAACGAAGGAGGAGCUCCCCUACAUAUAAUUCUCCCACUAACCAUCGGUCCGGUAGUGGUCCUAAUAUCAGCGACAUGGAACUCAUUACUCCUAGCAGAGGAGAGUUAUCACGACAAACAAGAGAACUCACCCACAGUUUGGUGGUGAAUCGUGGAGCUGUCUAUAGAGCCAACAUGGCCAACAAGAGCGCCGCUGAAAUUUUGAAGAGCAAGCUCUUGAAGGGCUCCCAUGACGUUCAAAACGGAGACAAUGAACUGCCAGCCGCAGAUGAAGAUGGCUCCUCCAGCGCCAAGUUGGAACAGACCUCACCAUCAGCUCUCGGCAAACGAAAAGUGGAUGCUGUGGAAGAUGAGACUGGAGAAGCGGGAACACCCGGCCGGGACUCUCCUGCCCCUCCAGCGCCUUCGGCCAAAGAUGACGAACCUCCUACCGACACAGUUCGGCUUUGGGAAACAGGUUAUGCUGAUCGAUAUUACGAGCAAAAAUUUGGGGUUGAUCCCAAGAAUCUUGGCUUUCGCCACAAGGUUGCGAGGGCCUAUGCAGAAGGUCUGUCAUGGGUGAUGUUAUAUUAUAUGCAAGGUUGCCCAUCAUGGAAUUGGUACUACCCUUAUCAUUACGCUCCUUUCGCAGCAGACUUUGUCGAUAUUGGCGAUAUGGAUAUUCGCUUCGAUAAAGGGAAACCGUUCAAGCCUUUCGAGCAGUUAAUGGGAGUUCUGCCAGCCUCGUCCAAUCAUGCUCUUCCCGAGGUCUUUCACGAGCUCAUGAGUGAUCCGAAUAGCGAGAUUAUUGAUUUUUACCCCGAGGAUUUUGAUGUAGAUUUGAACGGCAAGAAGUUUGCUUGGCAGGGCGUUGUCUUGCUGCCUUUUAUUGACGAAAACCGACUUUUGGCUGCCAUGGAAAAGAAGUACCAUCUCCUCACUGAAGAUGAGAAAAUUCGAAAUUCUGUCGGCCACGAGAUACUGUUGCUGUCCGACCGACACCCGCUCUACACUGAUUUGGCCGGAAACUUUUACUCCAAGAAGCCGGGACCGCCUAAAUACAAAUUGAAUAUGCGUGUCAGCGAUGGACUGGCGGGCAGGGUUGAGCGUAACGAGAUGUACAUUCCGCACAGUUCCUUACUGUCGUCACUGGAGCAGUAUGGCAUGCCGUCUUUAGACGAGGACCAUUCUCUUAUUGUGAAUUAUGAGAUUCCGAAAUCUGGCCAUGUUCACAAGUCGAUGCUUCUUCGAGGCGUCAAAUUUCCACCACCAGCUCUCGAUCAAGCUGACAUCCAGGCGGUUAAGUCCAAAGCCCAAAAUUCCGGCCGGUCCUUUGGCGGUGUUCCAUUCCGGAACGGUAGAAACGAUAGAAGCGGUGGGAUCAGUUAUACUGCCGAUCGACCCAACCCCUUCGCUGCUCAUCUUGAUCCUAAUUUCAUGCCUCCAGCUAAUGUCGGUGUUCCAAUGAUGCCAGCUGGUUGGACCCCCCCAGUUCCUGGAGCUACAGGACUCUUCAGAGGGCCGCCGCCACCGCCGCACGGCGGAGCGACCGAUUCUUACCGUCCCGCCUACCUUCAGGGACAAGCGUAUCAAAGUACGGGCUAUAGCCAAGGAGCAUACUAUGCGCAAUCGGCCCACGCUCAGUAUGGAAACUUUAACCAGCCCUCUCAUCAGACGCAAUCGAACCAACCUAGUCAAUACCAUGGACAGCACAACCGCCGUGGUUCCUACGAUCGUCGAGGUGACGGUAAUUAUCGAGGGGGAUAUCGCGGCGGUGGCCGCGAUCACUAUUCCUCGAGGAACAGUGGAGGAUAUGGUCGCUACUAGUGUCUUGUUUCCGAAUUUGUCAUCUUCCUGAUGUUCUUUGCUACUGGUUCUCUGAAUGAGGGUUACUGGGCAUUAUGGGAAAGGAUAGGUGUUCAGGUUUAGUUCAAGUGACUUUCUAUAAGUAAGAUGUUUGAGGGUAAAUGACCUACAUUCUUGUUGUAUUAUGUGUGUCAUUGUUCAGAAUAGAAAAAAUACUUUUGUACAUGUGCA